ACCCCUCCCAGCACCAUGCCCUACAACUGCUGCCUGCCCACCCUGAGCUGCCGCACCAGCUGCUCCUCCCGGCCCUGCGUGCCUCCCAGCUGCCACGGCUGCACCCUGCCCGGGGCCUGCAACAUCCCUGCCAAUGUGGGCAGCUGCAACUGGUUCUGCGAGGGCUCCUUCAACAGCAGCGAGAAAGAGACCAUGCAGUUCCUGAACGACCGGCUGGCCAGCUACCUGGAGAAGGUGCGGCAGCUGGAGCGGGAGAACUGCGAGCUGGAGAGGCGCAUCCAGGAGCGCAACCAGCAGCAGGAGCCCUUGCUGUGCCCCAGCUACCAGUCCUAUUUCCGCACCAUCGAGGAGCUGCAGCAGAAGAUUCUGUGUGCCAAGUCUGAGAAUUCCAAGCUGAUGGUGCAUGUGGACAAUGCCAAGCUGGCUGCUGAUGACUUCAGGACCAAGUACCAGACGGAGCAGUCCCUGCGGCAUCUGGUGGAGUCGGACAUCAACGGCCUGCGCAGGAUCCUGGACGAGCUGACCCUGUGCAGGUCCGACCUGGAGGCGCAGGUGGAGUCGCUGAGGGAGGAGCUGCUCUGCCUCAAGAAGAACCACGAGGAGGAAGUCAACACGCUGCGCUGCCAGCUCGGGGACCGCCUCAACAUAGAGGUGGACGCUGCGCCCUCCGUGGAUCUGAACCGCGUGCUCAACGAAGUCAGGAGCACUUACGAGGCCGUGGUGGAGACCAACCGCAGGGAGGUGGAGGAGUGGUACACCACACAGACCGAGGAGCUGAACAAGCAGGUGGUGUCGAGCUCAGAGCAGCUGCAGUCCUACCAGGCGGAGAUCAUCGAGCUGAGACGCACAGUCAAUGCCCUGGAGAUCGAGCUGCAGGCCCAUGUGGAGGCGCAGCUGGCGGAGAUCCGGGCUGACCUGGAGCGGCAGAACCAGGAGUACCAGGUGCUGCUGGACGUGCGGGCGCGGCUGGAGUGCGAGAUCAACACGUACCGGGGCCUGCUGGACAGCGAGGACUGCAAGCUGCCCUGCAACCCCUGCGCCACCACCACCGCCUGUGAGAAGCCCAUCGGGCCCUGCAUUGCCAAUCCUUGUAUUUCCCGCUCCCGCUGCGGGCCCUGCAACACCUUCGGGUGCUAG